AUGGCUGUUCCGUCGCUCACAGGAGGGGCGGGUAAAGGUGGCGGAGAAGACGAAGCCAAGUCGACGGAGCAGGAGGAGCGAAUUCGGCCCCAGCUUCUGUCAGGAACAGGCCACUGCAAGUGGUUUAACGUUCGAAUGGGGUUCGGAUUUAUAUCAAUGACCAGCAGCGAGGGGAUCCCCGUUGACCCCCCUCUGGACGUAUUUGUUCACCAAAGUAAACUGGUGAUGGAGGGCUUCCGCAGCCUGAAGGAGGGCGAGCAGGUGGAGUUCACCUUUAAGAAGUCCUCCAAGGGCCUGGAGUCCCUGUGGGUGACGGGGCCGGGCGGGGGACCGUGUGCGGGCAGCGAAAGGAGACCCAAAGGGAAGGUCCCGCCCCAGAAGAACCGCAAACCAAAGGGAGACCGCUGUUAUAACUGUGGAGGUCUGGACCACCAUGCCAAGGAGUGUGGCCUGCCCCCCCAGCCAAAGAAAUGCCACUACUGCCAGAGCAUCAGGCACAUGGUGGCUCAGUGUCCCCACAAGGUGCUGGCGGCCCCCACAGGCUUUCAGGACCCCCUGCACCCCUCUACCUCGGCCCACCUGUACCCCGCCGACGAGGAGGAGCGCUCGGGCUCGUCCCCCCUUGAGGGCCCCUCGCCCUCCCCAGAGGAGCUACCCCAGUCACACAGCGUUGGCCCCCAGAGGGGGGGGGGAUAGGGGGAGAGCUGUACCUCCUGACCCCUGACUCCCCUCACCUAAGGAACCCCCCUUAACCCCCACCCCUAAUCUACCUCGCACUUGUGGAAAUAAUAGGUCUAUUUUUGGCGGGACCAGCGCAGCUAUGGCAACGAUCGUCAGGGGUACGGAUGUAUGUGAAUGUGUGUGACUGACUGGCUGUCUUCCGGUGGCAGCUAUGACAACUAUUGCUGGGGAUACGGAUUCAUGUGAAUGACUGUCUCUUUGUGUGUGACUGGUCUCAAUCAGUGCAGCUCAAGAGACGAUAUGGUCUUAAAGAGAAACAAGGUUGGCGGUGAAUCUGAUGACUCUCUGGGUUAGAUGAUGUCAUCCAUAACUCUUUCUGAAUAGGACUCGCUUCUCUUUUAGAUUUUGGUCCACCUGGUUCAUAUUUAUAUUAUAUAACCGUUCCACAGGUCAUGAUGCGGCGAUCCAGCAGAGUUUAUUUGAAGCACUAAGGAUUUUAAAUAGGCCAGUGCUUCUUAAUCCUGUGUAUUUGAGUUGUAUCCUUAGCAUCUACACACUAGAUUCAACUAAUCAACUCACCACCAACUUUUUGAUUAUAGUUCUACCUGGCACCAAAAAGGGUUCUCCUAUGGGGACAGCCGCAGAACCUUUGCGGGAUCAGGAUUUGGAAACAAUGAUAGACCCUGUAUCAAAACAAUGGAACCUCAACCAAUCAGAAGAAAAACUAUUCUUUAAUGUGGCCUAUCCAAUCAGUGUAGAGGAGAUUACCAUGGACACCAGAGUGAACGUCAUCCCAACCAGUAGCCUAACUGUCACUCCUAAACCACAGAAGAUUUUCUAGUUCAGUGGUACUGACAAUUGACUGCAGAGUGCAUAGCAUUGAAUCCAGGCAUGUGUGCAUACUUGCUUGUGUGUGAGUGGGGUUGUGUGUGAGAGUGGGGGUGGGGUUGUGUGUUUGUGUGAGGUGUGUGUGUGGGGGGGGUUGUGUGUGUGUGUGCGAGAGACGCUGUCCCUUUCGUAAAACAGUGGCAGACGAGAAGUUUCAUCUUUGAGAUUAGGGGCCAACCUCUAGCUGGACUUGCUAUUAACAAUAAUAUUUCAUAUAAUCCUACACAUGCCUCAGAUAAACCAUAUAAUCAAUAUCCACCGAUAGGUUUGUUUCAAAACUGAAAAAACACCAUUAUUUAAAUUGGACUAGAUCUAGAGUUGGGUUGCUGGCUAAUUUGUUGAACAAUUUAUAAAGUCACAAUAUAUGUCAGUAAUAUAUGUAUGAAAGAAUAGCAUAUUAUUAAAACGGUAUUAACUUUAAGUAAUAUUCUAACAUAGUUUAAGAAAGCUCUGUAUUGUGCGUAAGAUUCUUUAUUGUCAAGUUAGCACAGCGUUAAGUUAAAGCACCAUCACACCCCUCUCUCCCUUUGACCAAUGUGACAUCACUAUCUCCUCCUUUCACUCUACCCCUCUCUAUCACCAUCUAUCCCCUCUCCCCCUUUGCCGUCAAGUGCCUAGGGCCUGGAGGUUCUCCCUGACUUAAUUAGGUAAACCUCAGAAUCCUAGAUAAAGGCUCAGUAACAGUCAAGUCUACAUACCCUCUAGAUCUGUGUGAUGUCACAAUCCCCCUCAAAACGGGAUUCCAAAACACCGCUGCCACGUUUCAAAUAGUCCAGAGAUUUACUAAGACAGGAAGGAGGGAGGCAGAAAAAACUAAAAUGCUGCUUUUCGUAUGAUGUGAAUCCUCUGCGAGUUUCCAGUAGCGCUUAUACUAAUGAAACGUGACAACUCUUCUCUGACCAUAUUGAAUGUGAAAAUAACUUCUCUGAAGUGGCACUCCACCCAAAAGUUAAUGUGGGUCACUUUGGAAUUGUAUCUUAAUGUGCUGACAAAUCAAAUGACUUUGUAUGACGAUAUCAAACUAGCUUGUGUUUUCUUAAGCUCUAAAACAAAUUAUGUAGGCAACCAACUGUUUUUGGUAUACAUUUCUGUACCAAAGAGUAUGGCUUUAUUUGAAGGCAUUUUAAAAGUAGGACUUGUCGCUUUGCUGUUCCUGCUCCUUUGGAGUUUCUAGGGACUAUUGCUGAAAGUUCAACACUGAGGUUGUUUAUGUACAGCGUUUUGAAUGUGUGACGUGCAUCGAAUCAAAUCCAACAAGUGCACAACAACAGAGAGAAAGAGAAUGACCAAACCACACAACGAGCACAGACCAAGCCAAGGCGAGCACUCACCUGGAUAAUAUUCCAUUUUUGGUACAGUGUUUUUUUUUUUUUUUUACCCACAAUUCCUCUCAGGAUGAUAAACUGUUCUCAGGGAAUAAAAAAAAUAAUAUUUUAUUCUUUUGGGAAUCAUCCACCAAGUUUUAAUGUUUCUUUACCUCAUGUACUGAUAUUAGUUAACUACCUCUUGAGUUAUGCAUAUUUGUGAUUUUUUUUCCAUAUGUUUUGUAUUAUUGAUCUUGUAUGAAUAACUGUAGAACUAUAUUGUACUGAGGCUUUGUGUGUUUUUGAAGGGCCCUUUGUGUUGCCACAGACUUCCUGGUCUUACUUCACAGAUUUUUAUCAGUAAUUUCAACAAAAAUACUGUUUUUUGUUGUUUCCAGCAAAAUUCUACCUCAUUUCCUGUGUUUCCUCCCGGCCCCUCCUACCACCUCUGUGCAGUUUUUCAUUACAAGCCGGCGCUGUUGGCACAGAAGUCACAAUGCCGUGUCAAUCAAUCACAUAACUGAAAUAGCAGAUCGGUUGUGACUAUAACAAUUUUUCCCAUCAAAGACAGUUUUUUAGGCCUUUACUUCGGUUUGAAAUGGCAGUGUUAAUCACCACAUCCAGGGUGAAUUCUCUCUGCCAGCUAAGUGUGUGUGUGUGUGUGUCAGCUUUUCCCAGCAUAAAAUAGUGUUGGCUUAGCUGCAGACAACAACCAGUGAGGAAUCCUCCGUUUUGGGCUAGCUAUAUAGGCAUGUCGUUGGACAAGUGUUUAUACACCAUUUUUAUCCUAACCUCAUUUAAAAAGGAUUUGACUUUGUUGUAAAAUAAAAAAACUUUUCUCAUUGUUUGUAACCACUUGAUAAUGACCGGCAUGAGGUGGACACGAAUAAGAUUGUACUGCGUAUACGCACAAAGAGAUGGUGCCUGUUGAUGUUUUGUCAAUGUAGUCCCACCGCAUUACCAAAUAGCUAUUUUUCUCUUUGGGUUCGUCAGUAAGUGACCUAAAUGUCGGCCAUUUUGACAACCUCCAAAAAUCGCAAGUUGUGUUGGCUCAAGACGAUCAUUUCUUUUUGUAAACGACACUAUGUAGUUAUGAGUGGCAUUAAUAAUACUUAACACGAAAUAUGUAGAUUUUUAUAAUAAUAGUGACCUUGCAUAUGUAGAGAUCCUUUUUUAAAUUUUUAUUAAUAUUAUUUUUGGACUGAAAAACCAACUCAGAUUAAAAGGACAGAGUUUUUGGGUGAAGGCUGCAGUAUUACAGUAUAAAUUCACCUCAUAGUCUUAUAAUUUGAGGUACAUGAUCGACUAGUUUACGCCGAAAUAUGAACAAAAAGUACCAGUUUCUUCAAAUCAUUGUAACUACUGAUUUGAUUAUUGUCUCAUCUUGCUAUCGUGUUCAGUAUUUAACAGUCAGGUAGGGAAUUAUGUGAACCUCUCAUAGGCUCUGUUCAAAUACAUGUAUGAGCACUCCACUUUGAAUACAUGUCCAGUACGGUUGGAAAUUGGAAUAUGUCACAAUCAUUUAUAAAACACAACUGGAGACACUUUUUUGGAGGGAUCUGUGACACAAAAAGGUGUUAAAGGCCUACUCUUUUACUAGCUACUGUCAGAGCGGUUGGUGACUAACUGUAAAUUGUUGGCCGAUUUGACUUAUUUGUAGUUAGUUCGCUACAGCACUGCUUUUUGCGAGCAAAUAUAACGCUGCCUCAAACUGAUACUGAUACGGUGUAAACCACUACAUUUUGAUGUUUGUGACAUCCCCACUUUCUUAGCGUGUACAUGCCCAAUACAUCAGUUCAUACUAGGUGGGAUCAAGGUGCUAGUGUGGAAUGUAAAAGAAUACUGUCUCUAAGGUGGUUGUGUUCAGAUUAGCUUUCUUUUGGGGACUGAGGCAACAUAUGAUUACUUGUCUAAUAGGCUGCAUUGAGUCGAAUGUUUCACACACUUGUGUAUGAUGUACUUGACUCCCAUCUUCACUGUCAGCUGCCAAACCAGGUUGACACUUGAUUGACACAUGCUUGAGAGUAGAGACCUAAAUCAACAGUGACACGUUAUUCCAGGUUCAUAGAGUCUUUUCCUUCGAUCUCGUUCAAUACCAAACCAGUUUGAAACAUGAUCCUGAAUGCACCUGUUCUGUGUUAUUUUAACAACCUUAUUUGAACCAAAACCACUGCUUUCAGCUCAGUUUCAGAACCACUGCAUUCAGCUCUGAGUUUCAGGCCUCGAUCUGUCAAGCUGUUUAUCUCAAAUUAUUAUUCUACUGGUGAUGUCCCCCAAGUUAAGACUUUUACUUGAUCAGAUAAAGCCUAGUGGAGGAAGAUUCAUUCCAAAUCGACCCCUUGUCCUUAAUCCUUAGCCACUCCUAGGAGAAUUGUAUAGUUGGAUAUUUGGCAACAUUGCCACCUAGCUAAUCUGAAGGUAAAAUUAAGAGAUCACCAUUGUGUUUCCACCAGUGAUUGGAACCAAACAUGUUUUCCAAUCGUUUCGUUGUGAACAGAACCAUACAUUUUUUUGUUCCGUUCCACUGUUCCGACUACAAAAUAAAGUUCUGAACCGGUUCGAAACCCUCAAAAAGUAAUGGUUUAUAUUGUUCCUUUCCAUUCCUUUUUAAACCUUUGAAAUCAACUUUUAUUUAUUUUUUACAUUAAAUGACUUCACCAGUGUGGAUAGAGCAGCUUGCUGUGGAGCGGGCAAGCUACACUUGUUUAAGCCUAGACAGUGGAUAGUGCAUGGGCGCUAUCCAGAGAUGCUACUGAAAUUUAGCAGAGAAUUAUACCUACGGAGCAGCGGCUUCUACAGAACAACUUUGAAUCUUUGAACUUCUGAGAGUUGGACCAAAGCAAGCUAGCUAACAAGCUUGUGUGUGCAGAGCGGAACCAGAAUUAAAAACAUGUCUUACCUUUUUGUAGUUAGUAAAUCCAAUGUUAAACGCGAUGACUACUGUAUCUGUAACUAGCAUUGAAAUAAUUAAUCCAUUCUUCUCUAAUUAAAAAAAUCUCUCCCUAAUUUCAGAAUCAUCACGCUUGUAACGUCAGUAGGCUACAUUAGCCUCGGAGGGGAGGGGCACGUUGCUUACACAUUCACAGUGAUGCCAAUUUAGCAAUUUUGUUGCUAGAUUUGGCAACUUUUCAGACUCCCCUGGCAACUUUUUUUUCCAAACCGCACCUAUCAACAAAUUUAGCUACUUUUAAAAAUGUAUUUGUAACUUUUAGAAAUGUAUGAAAACCGACAAAACGCUGAAAUGCACACAUUUCCCCUCUAAAUGACACAAAAACGAUUUUCUCUGUCACACACUCAGUCACAACACACGUGCCUGGCUGCAAAAGUGCAUUGUGAGUGACGUCAACAGCAGGCGCUCAGCUCGUGCACAGGCAGCAGCAAUUUCAGCAAAUUGCAAAUCAUUGUUGGCUGAGUGCAGCAGCAGUAGUACGGGUUCGACGAGCCAAACGCAAUGAAUGUAGUUGGUCGCGAAUGUUUGAUCUUGAACAGAACGCACAACAUCAAUCAACAUCGUACAGCCAGAAGUACAGAAAAGAGUGGAAGUCUGUACCAGAACAAAUGUCAAAUCAUAUUUUUUGCCGAGAUGGCCAGUCAAUUUGAGUAACGUUAUUGUGUAUUCUACGUAAUGACAUCACAACGUAAUUUACCAACUUUUAGCAACAAAUCAACCUGCCUCUAGCAAUUUACCCUGAAAAUUAGUUGCCAACACUGCACACACACUGGAAAAGAUUUUCAGCUUGCAGGCAGACAUUUGGAUAAGCUUCUGAGUAAGAGAGUGACGACUUUGGCAAAGGUGCGUUGUUGUGUUUUUUUGCGGGACUGAAAAUUUUGCCCGGAUCGUAAAAUAACAUUAUUAACCGAAUCCCAUGCUUUUACAAUAAUGGUUCUGUUCCAGAACAGCAUAGAUCACUUUCGUUCCCUUUUAUGAUUUUGAUCCUCAAAUAAUGUAUUUAUUUUCCAUUUGUCUGUUCUGUUCCCUGAACUGGUUCCAACCCUUGGUUUCCACAUAUCCAAUCCUCUGAAAUCUACUGGAGUACCUAGGGUGUAGGGACUACGGUCGAUUUGUAAUUCAGCAUUACUCUGGUUGUCAUCCAGUAUUGAGUCAGUUCUAGAGAUCUUGUAAAGACUUCAGAAACAAGACUUAUCCAUGUUGUGAUGCUAAGAGGGGGACACUAAAGCACACAAUGCCCUUUAGUGGGUGAAUUAGGAAAUGACCGACAAUGACGAAAAUUCACAUACCUCAAUAGCCAUGGUGGCUGCUCUGUUCUUUGUCCUGUUUUUGGGAACAUUCAUGUUUACUCAUCCUUAUAUCAUGUUUGAUUCACAGAAUGUCUAUACACAAUAAAACCUCAAUAAAACCAUACUGGAAUAAUGUGGAUCUAUGAGGAAAUGGAUAACACAAUGCUUUAAACCUUAAUGUUGUCAAUAUAAACCAAUACCUUCUUGUAUUUCCAAGACAACAGAAUGCUUUAGAGAUCAGUCUUAAAGUGGUAUAUAUAUACACCAAUAUCUCCUUGUAUUUCCAAGACAACCCAAUGCUUUAAACCUUAUGUUCCAGUAGCAGAUACCUCUUUGUAUUUAGGUACAAAUACAGGUUUAGCUUUUGAUUUGAUUAACUUUUCUCUUUUUGGAGUUGUUCAUUUUUAAUGUUUUUUCUCUGCCCUUAUUGGCUGAAGGGGUGCGUGUUCUCACCCCCGUCCCCUCGCUUGUGUAAGUUGAGAACCCAAGCACUGAUUGAUUUUAUUGAUACAAAAGUUGUAUUUCAUGUGCAUAUCACUCAUUAUUAUAGCCUCAAUAUAAACAUGCCUUUUUUUUUACCUCUGUGAA